GUGUAGAAUUCAGUUAAUUUUAACCCAAUUGUCCACCAGAUCUCCUGUAUGUUUGAAUCGAAUUUAAACGUUGGAACAAAUUAAUGAAGGCCAGAAAUUCUGGAGCACGAGCCCCGCGAGGUGCUUCAAUGGCUGUUACUUUAUCUACCCUUUUUUGCUUGCGAGCUUCACAAAUUCAAAUCAUCAUCAUCAUCAAUGGCGGAACCCAAAGAGUCUCCAUCAAACAAUCCGGGUCUUCAAGCUACUCCUGAUGAGGCUACUAAAGAUUACUUCAUGCAACAAACUAUGCUUCGAAUUAAGGACCCUAAAGCAAGUUUGGACUUCUAUUCUCGUAUAUUGGGAAUGUCACUUUUAAAAAGGUUGGAUUCUCCUCAGAUGAAAUUUAGCGUCUACUUUAUGGGUUAUGAGGACACUACUUCAGCACCCAGUGAUCCUGUGGACCGAACCGUUUGGACGCUCAGUAAGAGAGCUACAAUUGAACUUACUCACUACUGGGGUACAGAAAGUGAUCCUGAAUUCAGAGGGUAUCACAACGGAAACACAGACCCACGUGGUUUUGGGCAUAUAGGGAUUACUGUUGAUGAUACGUGCAAGGCAUGCGAGAGGUUUGAGAAAUUAGGUGUGGAGUUUGUUAUGAAACCUGGUGAAGGUAAAAUGAAAGGGCUUGCAUUCAUAAUGGAUCCUGAUGGCUACUGGAUUGAAAUAUUUGAUCUUACGACAAUUCGAGAUGUUUGUGCUGGUGCCGCUUGAGGCUUUGGUCGAGUUUUUAAUUUUUUUUUAAAAAUCUUUGUAUAAGUCACAUUUGCCUUGCUAGUGAUGUCCGUAAGACGGGCAUUCUAAAAUCUCUAUGUAUGGUACUAUAGGAAACUCUUGUUGUUAAAGACUUGAUUGUCAUGAUGGAUUAUCAUUUGCCAACACACAAAAAAAAAAAAAAAAAAAAAAAAAAAAACUUGCAAGGUUCACUUGUAUGUUGAAAUAAAAUUGCAAAUCUUUUCAGUAUUUGGAUUGCGUGAGGUGAAAUUCAAUGAAUUG